AUGGAUAACGAGGGAUUUCUCUACGUUCCUGCCAGUGAGCAGCAUGAAGUUCGACGAUGGCGAGUGGGAGAAACGAAUGGAAUUGUGGUGGCAGGUGGAAAUGGGCGAGGUGAUCGUCUUGAUCAACUCAAUUCUCCUGCUUUCACCUUCGUCGAUCAACAUCAUUCAGUAUUCGUAGCAGACAAAAACAAUCAUCGUGUGAUGAAGUGGAUGAAAGGUAUGAGCGAAGGCAUUAUCGUGGCUGGUGGCCAAGGGGAAGGAGAUGCUCUAACACAAUUAGACUAUCCCGAAGGAGUGAUCGUCGAUCAAUUGGGCACUGUCUAUGUGGCGGAUUGUAACAAUCAUCGUAUUAUGCGCUGGAAGAAAGGAGACACACAAGGAAGUAUUGUUGUUGGUGGAAACGGUCACGGGAAUCAAACAAACCAACUCUAUUAUCCUACGAGUUUGUCAUUCGAUCAACAGGGUAAUCUCUAUGUUGUCGAUGACUGGAAUCAACGAGUGCAAAAAUUCUUAAUUGAAGAGUCGUCUCGUAAUUAA